AUGCCGGUUAAUAGUAAGUUUCUCCAAUUUUCUUUCCUGUUUAUACUUGAGAAAUCUUACUGAAAGAUUUCCAGAAAUUGGGUCCGUCGAACCUGCCACCAGGAAGCAGGUUGGGGAAAAGGGUGUCGUGAGUCUUGUCUAUCUUUCCGUUUCUUGGUUGACAGGCGGCUGCAGCGAGACUUCACUCUCUUGUCUUUACCUGUAGUCACCCAUUGACGGCAGCUGACUUGAAGGACCGUGGGUAGUUCGGAGCGAGGACUUAUGCAGAUACUUGCCGUGGUGAGGAGGGGACCGCUCAACAAUGCCCACCGGCGCUCUCUGAAGAGGAGUAUCCUAGUUUGGUGCGCAAAAUGGGAUAUCCCAUCACUAGCAAGGGAAUUAAACUAACAAACUACUCUCUACAGAAAGGUUCAAAAACUUCUAUGACUACUCCUCAGGGAGUGUGCCCCCCCGCCGCCAAAUCUGACACCAGGGGUACCGACCCUGGGUCUGCCCGAUCGGAGCCAAUGCAUUUAACGACUUUUAGGAGAGGUCGGCCGGAAGCUCCUCGACAGCUGUGUCCUGCUCCGGGGCUCGUGCCUUCCGGUGCCCAGGCUCCCAUUGGUCAAACCCUGAAGGAUGGGCUUGGGAGGGUUAAUUUGCUUACUCGUAGUUUACAGGAGGCUAGAGGGAAAGGAAAAGCUCCCAGCUGUCAGAGCAAGGACGGGGUAGGUUCCCAGAGCGCCCUCACUCCUACCGCCCCACCGUUUACACCGGCUUCACAGCAGGAUCUUAGGAGCUACGCUCCAACUGCUUCCCGGGCUCUGUUUUCAUCAUCAUCAACCCCCGCCAGCUACUACCCACCAAACUACCCAAACAAGACUCCAUCCCCUCAAUUUUAUUCCAAUUCAAUGACUUCAUUGCCGACCCCUAAUACUUCUCGCCCGACCCCUAAUCGUGGGAGCUCGUCACUUCCGAGCACUACAACAGCGGGUCAGACCGAAAGGGAUUUCGCGAUAUUCCAGAACGCGGUACUCAUUGCUGGCGCACAGAAAGAACAUGAGGAGAAAAUGGGCGGUCUUUACGGUCAGAAUCUCGGCAUAUCCUCCACUAAUCCUGAUGGGCAUUACGUCUGCGGACUAGUGUUGCAGGACUUGAAGAUCCGGAACGCCGCGCUGAAGGCAGAAGUUCAAGCAGCUAAAGCUAGGGAAGAGGAGCUGAAGCAUCAGAAUAAUGCGAUCAAAGACCAUUGCUCUACCAUGGAAACAACGUUGUUAUCGGUUGGGCCCCAACAGACCAUAUCCCUUAGGGAUUUUAGCAAAAUGAUGGGUGAGAUGGUUCAUUUGCGUGCUAUCGCGGAGCACACGGAGCCAAUGGUGGAAACUGUCAAUGGAUACCAGCAAGAGAUUGCCGUUCUCAGGGCUAGGCUUUUGGCAAACGGGAUUGACCCCUCAAUAACUGACACUCCGGUUGUUCCGGCUCCCCGGGAAUCCAUGACCGCCUUGUUGGAUGUCGUCCACGGGCCCCCUGUUCCUGGGCCUGUCAUCUCUGUUCCCGUCUCUGUCGAGCCUGAGGAGGGCAACGGGAGGUUCCCCUCCAACAAGUUCUUCUUUGGAGAGUUCGGUAUACUUUUCCGCUCGAUUGCGAAUCUCGGACGUUGCAACUACCAAUUCACUAGGCAAUUGCCAGUCACCACUGUCCAGAUUCCAUCCCAGGUUCGUGAGAAGUUGAAGGUUAUCGUUCAAGGGAACGAGGAUCUUCUCGAUUGGCUGUUGGACGACACGAAUAAGACAAAGUUCCUUCUUGUGUCUGGCUUGUUUUCCCGUUUGAUUUAUAGCGAAGUUAUGGUUGAGACUUUUGUCGAUCAACUCAUCUUCAACAUGGACGAAGCCCCGGUUGAGAAAUCUAGGAUUUUGAGUGGCUGGGCUCAGAGUAGGUUCUUCGCUUCCCUCUUUCUGCUAAUAUGAAUAGUAAGCUAACUAGGGAAAAUAGACAACCCGGACAUUACUAAUAAAGUCUGGCCCGUCCUCACCGAGAUGUCAGAAGCCUUGGGAAAGCAGCUCCACGACAAAUACGUCUCGCUCCUCUCCCGCCCUACCGACGCCCGCCACCUCGAAGAAUCCCUCCGCUCCCUGGUCGGGUGCAUCGAGCAUGCUGGACGCCUGGCCCUUGGUAUGGCCCAUCUCGGUUGGGGAAACUGGAGGUUUGUGUUCCACGGGACCGAGACUCCUUUCCAGAGUGCCAAAAUGACCAUCUGCGAUCUGGGCACCGAGGGACUCCUCAACUUCGGCUACGACACUCGCAUCCUCGAGGAGAAAGAGGCCAAGAUUAAGUUCUGUGUUUUCCCUAUGAUCUACAGGAGGGACGACACUGGGGCUUGGAAGGUCCUUGCUAAGGCCACUGCUCUGGUCUAAUUGGUCUUUUGCGGAGGGAUUGGCUAAGAGGGGGGGUUCUCAACUACUUGGUCUUUUUUUCUCCUCUUUGCUCUGACUAGUUUGCGCUUUCACCUUUAUCUGUUGUGUCUUAGUCGUUGUCUUUCGACGGCUCUAUCUUUUCAUUUGCUUCGUUUGAGUCUCCCUGUUCACUUUUAUACCCCCUUUUUUUUUUCCCUAUUGUUACGUUUGGGGAUGCGGAUCUGACGUCUAAAAUGUUUCCUUGGUGGAAUAUGUAAGUCGGCUAUCAUCUGCCGGGGGGUAUGGUACUGGUAAUAGGUGGGGGUUAUAACGAUACAAUUGAACAAA